AUAUCCUCAACUCUCAAAUAAAAGCAAACAAAUUGACAGCCAGACGACAAACGAGCUGCAAAACUUUGAUUGACGUUUCAAUUAAAUUAUAGCCAAAGUCAUUGCUAUUUCAUUUUCUGCGGCUGACGGGUAUGUUUCGAGUGCAGAAAGUUUUGCUAGCCGAGUAUGAGGAGAUUUACGAGCCGGUCCUGGUGGAGAAUCCCUUUACCAUGGUGGACAACCGUGGCGAGGGACUGCGUCAAUACCAGAUAGGUCUCACCUGCAACCGGCUGCUCUUCGGCUGCGACAAUUUCCGCAACUUCGAGGAUAAACCGGACUUUUUGGGUCAAGGUGUGGAUCCGGAGAUCGAGUCCUUCGACUUGGUUAGCAUGUUUCCACUGCAGUUCCUUCGCUUUCACUUCUACCGCAAAGGCACCCGAUGCCUCAUGAUGCUAAGUGUGAUCCAACCGCCGGGCCGACCCGUCCCCACCUCGGACAAUCCAAUGAUCUUCGAGUUCGGUGGCGAUGUCUACAGGCAGCACUUCUGGCACACCUGGCGUGAGCGGGUGGCCGCCAUCCGGGUGAUGCAGCCGCGUUACGGUCAGAUUACAGGCUCCUCUCCCUUCUCCAGCACCGACGUCCAGCUGGAUGAUGAGCCCACAGUGGCUCAGGUCCAUCAGCCGCCCAGGACUCCGUCCGUUUUCAGUUCAUGCCAUGCUGGUGUCUGAGAUUCCGGCGAAAGUCUAAGUAGCUUUUGGGUUGAAACUUUUACUAAUUCGGCCACAACUUUCAUUUAGGCCAACCGACUGUUUAUUUAUUUAUAUUAAGAGGAAAUGACUCUGGCCACCUUGAAAACGGAUAUUUUUUGCCAGUCCAUCGAAUCCUUUUAAGAUAUUUCUGGAAAAUGUUUACAAAGUUAGUGGAAUCUUUAAGGAAGGAUGGUGUUGUCCUGUAAUCAUUAGCCUAAUAUUUCAAUCAUUUUAAUUAAAGAAUUAUUUGG